CGAGAGAGCUGGAGAGCUAAUGGCAGAGGGAGGGAGGGAGGACCAACGCAUCAUCAGCAUCAUCAUCAGUAAACGUGCAGAACGAGAGAGAAAGAAAAUUCAAAACCUCUCAGCUCCUCUUUCCCUGCAGAGCUCAGUCACACCGGAGCCGGCUAAGUCCUGGACUGUCGCACGCUGAGAGCACGAGAAGAAGAAAUAAGGUGCCUCUGGAUCUGGCUAAUCACUGGAGUGAUUUAUAUUCCCGGACUGUCCACUUGCAUGUGGCUCGUCUCUGGAGGAGCUGGAGGCAUCGUGGCUUGUUUCACUGGAUGAUACCGGUCUAAUUCAUGAUUAGGAGGUUCACUGGCUCGUCUUUUGGACUGGGGGGACAGACUACUUCCUAAACAGGGUCCAUCCUAAUGAACCAGCUACUUCAAACCAUCAGUGCCACUCCUCCACAUGUGGUGCUUCAGAGGCUGGGAUCUGGCUAGUAUCUGGACUCCGUGAUCCGUACCAGCCCUACACAUCCCAGAAACCGGUCUAUCUGUCUGCACACAGCCUCCUCCUGGGACCAGGUUAAUCUCUGGAUCAGCGUGUCUGGCAUGUUCUGCUUCUGCCUGCAGAGUUCCCUGCUGAAGCUCCAGGCGCUGGAGGUGGAGGGGGGCCACCCGCUGGGUCUGUCCCCAGAGGAGAGCCCCCCUGCCCUGGGCAGCAAGGAGCAGAAGGGGCCCUGUGGCCCCGUGGAGCUCGGAGGGAAGGAGGGGAAGACGCUGGCUCUCUGCCACAGCGUCCCCACGGACGAAAACAGCCCGCCAGAGCUGCUGACAGUCCUGACCAGACCUCCGCAGUCUCCCAGACACCAGCUGUUAACCACCAUCCAACCUGCUCAGCAGCCCCUGCCUCCCGAUGCAGAGCUGCCCCCCAGCCCUCACCACUCCCCCUACUCCCCACCGAGGAGCAACCCCGGAGGUGAGGGAGGAGGGGGAGGUGGAGCUCUUCUCCAGCUGCUGGCGGGCGGUCCCAGCCCUCUGCCCUCCCCCCGCUGCUCCAGCCACAGCCUGAGGUUCAACUCCGACCCCGACACGGCACCGUCACCGCCCUGCAGCCAGCAGUACAUAGUGUGUCGAGGUCGGGACAGGUCGGAGGGAUCGGAGGACGAGUGUCUCUCCUCCGUCCCGUUCCUCAGCCGACAGAUUCAGACCCUGAAGAAGAAGGUUCGCAGGUUUGAGGAUCAGUUUGAACAGGAGAUGAAAUACAAGCCGUCCCACAACGAUAAAUACUCGAACCCCGAGAUGGUCGGAGUGAUGAGUGAACUGGCGAAGGCUCGCAAACAGCUCAAAGAGCUGAGACUUAGACAGUCGGUGUUUGAGUUGAAGGAGCAGGACGGGCCUGAAAACAUCUGCAGGCACGGCUCCGGCCAGCAGGGGGCGGCAGAGUACAAACCCACGCUAGAGGAAACGGUGGAGUCUCUGUUCAGGCGGCUGAGAGAGAAGAGACAAGCUCUGGGCCUGCCAGACAACAUGAAGGAGAUGACUCAGGCUCAGAUGGUGUUGGAGAAGAUCACUCUGCAGAAAUGUCUGCUCUACUUUGAGAGUCUGCACGGCCGGCCGGGAACAAAACAGGAGAAGAACCUGGUGAAGCCUCUGUACGACCGAUACCAGAUGAUCAAACGUUUACUGUGUGCCAGCCCGACCAUCACUACCAUAGAGGAAGAGGACGGUUCUGAUGAAGACUCAAUGAGCUCCAUGACAGUUGAUGAACCUCCAGUCACGCCUCCUCGCUGUGCCACACGCCCAGCUGUCUGCGAGGAGGACAGCGACCGGGACAGCGACCCCGCCUUCGUGUCGCCGUUAGAUGAGGUGAAAGCCGUCCAUCAGCCGCCAGCUCUCACCAUGGCCGGCCUGCACGAAGCCUCCAGGUCUCAGCUGCUGGUUUGUCUGCGGGAGACGAGGGCAGAGAAGAAGACAAGGCGUAAAGUUCUGAGAGAGUUUGAGGACGAGUUUUACCGUCAGACUGGAAGAAUCUGCCAGAAAGAGGAUCGCACUCCGAUGAAGGAAGAAUACCAGGAAUACAAACAGCUCAAGGCUAAACUGCGUCUGCUGGAAGUCCUCCUCAGCAAACAGGAAGUCACCAAAACCGUGUGAGAGGAAGUGGAAACUCCCACAGACUCCCUCCACCCUGAAACUCUGCAUGAGAAAAGAGCUUUCUGUGUUGAGAGGAGAGUAAGAGUUACAGAAAGAAACGUGUUGAGGUGCACCGACAUGUUCUUCCUUUCUAUUAUUUAUUUCAGCUACUUCAGCUGCAGAGCUCAAGAGAGCAGAACGUCGCAGCCUGAAAUAAAACUAGUGCUUAACGUUGUGAAACAUCUGUUGGGUCAGGUUUAGGAAAAGUUCAUGGUUUGGGUCAAAAUAACUACGUUACAUACGAGGUCCAGUGUGUUCUAAUGACAGAAAUGCAAGAUGAGAUCCAUAACUAUGUUCUCAGCGCUGCAUAAAGACCUUAAUGUUGUUAUUACCUUAGAAUGAGACAUUUUCUGUCCACAGACACCUCUCACAUGGAGGUCACCCUGUUGCACCGCCAUGUUUCUACAGUAGCCCAAACGGACAAACUGCUCUGCAGAGCGCGUUUUAUUAGGAGGAGGAGGAACAAAUGGAGGCGCAUACGUGUUAUUUAGCAGGAGAGCUGACGGAGCAUGUCGUAGCUUCUCCUGCUCGCUUGGAAAGGGAGGGGUGAACGUUGACUGAGCCUUUGGUUUCAGUUUGAAACCUUCACCACUAGAUGCCACUAAAACCUCCAAACUGAACCUUUAAAUUACAUAACUUACGUAACAUCACCAAUGGUGGCUUUUUGUUUCACACAGGAAAUGAACACCAGUCCCCUGUGUGAAAGUCUGGUUUUUAUUCCACCCUAACCACCUCCUUACUCUGACUUUUCUGUUUUAUUGAUAUAGCUAUGAGAACAGUCUGGUUUUUAAGAGAAGUUAACUUAACGUUUGAAGGUCAACCGGAACAACACACUGAUUUAAAAGAGAAGAACAUUUUGGUGCAUGCUCUCUCUCUGAGUUAGAUGCUCAGAUUGACUCUGGCGCCACAUAUAAAGCUGCAGCAGGUUAUCUUAGCAUAAAGACUGGAAGCGUAGACAUAGUGCUAUGUUAUUAAAGUUUCCAUUAACAUGAUACAUGUUUGAUGCCAACAUACUACAGUUAGAGUAUUUUAAUGUUAUGGUUGCAUGUUAACGUUUAACAGAACGUGUUGGUAGAAACUUUCUCACUUCUUCCUCUCCAAACUGAACAUGUGAAAAUACUGUAAAUACUCCAGCAGAGUUUUCUAAAGUUUAAAAGAGACCAGACGUCUCUCUGUACCAUCUUCUGCUCUGUCAGUGGAAACGUACCAGCAGCCUACUGUGUGUAUUUAUUGACCUGCAUCGUCAAGUCUCAGUCAUUUAAUACAGCUGCAUUUGUUCCAGUCUGCAAAGAUGAGGAUGUUUCUGUGGGUGAAACUAAGGUGUUACUUCCAUCUGGUUUGAUUUAAUGGACCAAAACAUUUUUUGUCUAAUUGAAAGCACUUUAAUGUGUCGCCGGGGUCCUGGAGGACAAAGACGGUGGCGGGUUUGAUGAUGAAGCAGCAGGACCUUCCUUCCAAAAAGACCAGUAACUGCAGUUUGGUGUCUGAGGAUUGAGAAUCUGAAACCUGAAUCAUAAAGCAAAGGAUUCUGGGACAAAGCAGUAGUGCCGUGUAUGAGCACAGCCUUGGUUCGUCCGUACAGCCAUUAGCUCUGCUGGCAUGAACGUCUGUAUUAACGAGCUGAUUUAUUGGAACGUGAGGUAGACGUUGAUGAAGUCGACGUCAGAAAUCAGAGAGCUGACGAUGUUCAGCGUCGCGUUGAGGUGCGUUCUGACUGGAAACGUGUGGGACGAAGAUGCAAUGUACCAAUGAUUGUUGUUGUUCUGCAUGUCAAGAUAUUAUUUAAACAGCAACAUGGAGAUAUGUGGAGGAUUAUAUCAUAGCACUUAAUGAUGACAAAGGGAAUUUACUUACUUUGAUAUGCAAAAUGGUCUGUGGAGAGAUGCAGGUGAACAUGCAGGUGAACUGCGUCCUCCAGGUUUACUGUGUUAAGGGUCACGUUGUACGACGUAGCUGUCGUGCUUCUCAGAGCCGAGUUCAGCCCCGACAAACUGCAGGUGAUGCCUUGAACACCCUGUUGUGAACACAGGCGCGCUGCACUUCACUGCCUUUUUAAUAUGGCAGUGCUUACAUACACGUCGCUGCUGAUUGGGUAACACACUCUGACACGCCCACCAAACGAGGGGAAACGUACCUCACAGUCUGUUGCGCACCGUUUCAAGGAAACUUGUCGUCCAACCUGCACAAAACCAGUGUAAAGUGUUUUGAGAUUGAGCGCUCUCGAGAUUUUUGACAACCCUGCCUCUGAUUGGCUGGUACUCGUUGCCUCCGUUGGUUAAUGCUGCGCUCUAGUCACAGUUGGUCUUGAAUUUCACAGUUUAAGUUUCUGACUUCCGACCUGAAAGCGUUCCAGGUGCAUUACGCCAAACAUGGACUAAAAACAUGGCUGACCGUGACAAACUGAUGCUUCUUUGCCAAGUGUGCGCACAGCUGAACCCUCAGCAGUGAGUGGUGUUAAAUAAAAAGAGCAACAUAAAUAUACGUCUCUCGUUUACGGUGUUCCCGUCUCGCUAGAUCAGUGUGUAAUCUGCAAAAGUCAGAGAUACUGUAACCAGCUGCCCAAUAACACUGGCACUUUCUUACUCCCAGAACAGGUUUUAUUAUAUGAUAGGGUGUAUUAUUUUAAUAAAAUACAGGCAAAUAUACUUUACGUUGCCUUUUAGUUGAUGGUUUACCAUUUACAGUAUGUGCUUCCAUGGAGAUGCCUCGAGUUCACAAGUGGAGCUCUGACUCGGAGUAUGUACUUUUCACUACAUGGAGGUUAGAAAUUUUCGUUUUGAGAAGUCUGGAACGCAGCAUUAGGUUAGGGUUAGCGAGGGCUGCAAUUGGCUGCUGUUUUCCCCAACAUGUUUCUGUUGCCGGUGGAGUUUCUUUGAAAGAGAAGGUAACAAGAAGGAAGUUAUAGACCAUCGGUAGGUUUCUCCUUCUUUGUAAGAAACGUCUAAUCGAGCGCCGACACAGCAGGACAGCUGCUCUGAAUCAAUGAAUGAACGAAACUGCGGUCGUCAUCUGUUCAGCCAAAUAAUAAUAAGUUACCCGGAUCUAACUGUAAGUACGUGCGUUGGCCACAGUCUCUCUGUAUCACCAAGUAAAUAAGAGUGAACUAUAUAAACGGUCUGAUCAUUUACAACACAUGCGUCUAGUGUUGAUGGGUGGAAUUUUUACCCUUUAAAUCGACCCAUAUCCACACAAAACAUAAUCCAGCAAGUGAAACUUUUUUACUGGAAAACCAGUUUAGUAUGUAAAAAUCAAAUGUUUAAUCGACAGGUUGAGCUGUAACACCUGGAAAUGUGCAAUAGUUGAAAGGUUGUAUUCCUGAAGUCCGUGCUAACAUGUCGCCGCGUCUCACUAAGAAACAAACGUCUCACUGAGGUUAUUUUAUAUUGUGUUGGAUGCAGACUUUCGGUGCACGUUGGUGUUGGUGUUUUGACCUUCGUCAUGCUGAUUAAAUAUGUCUCUGUUGUGCAGUUCUGGUUCGCUUGACAAGUUUCUACAGACGAAUUUAAAAUAAAUAUUUUUGUUAUUAACA